GUCACUCGUGCUGACGGUUUGAAUUCAAAAAGGUGUAACGGCGUGUGUUUCUGAAUGUCGAAGUUGCAUAGUGAUGCAUGUUUGGGUUUCUUUCGUGCAAUAAAAACCGAUACUCCUCGCAAAAAGAUCCAGGGAAUAAAAACAAUAACAACAACGUAUAACGAGAUGGCUGAGCAACCCGAGUGGGAGGCUAUCGAGCAGAAGAUGUGCCUGAAAUUCAGGCAGGCGCUCAAGGAACUGCAGCGGGUCUGGGAGGACAUCGGCUGCACCAGGGAGACACGUCAGAUGUAUUACGAGCAGGCCCACAAUCACAUAAAUGAUCUGUUGAAUGACAUGGUAGCGGAGUCCCAGACAAAAAAGCAGCUGUUGCUGGAUAGUAUAAAGGAUCUGUUGAAGCAGACGAGUGUCCUGGCUGCAGAGCUGCAUCUGGAGUUCGAGCCCAAGAGCUACGAUCAUCCCCUGAGCGAGGUGGAGCAGAUGUUGCGCAGCGAGAUGCAGGAUCUGGAACACAUGAAGGAGGAGCGGAUGAUGAUGCUGAAGGAGUUGCUGGCAAAGGAGGAGGAGCUCUGCAAGAAGCUCGGCGUCAAAAAGGUCAACAUCACCGUAGAUGUUUUGCCUACGAAGCAGGAACUCGAGAGUUUCAAGCUGUUUCUGCAGAAACAGGAGAACGAGAAAGUACGUUUGGAGAGUGUCUUCAUGGAUAUACGUCGUCACAUAAUCAGGAUGAUGGACGAGGUGGAUGUAUCCCCAUCCACGUCGUUCCAGCAGUUAAUCUGUGAGAAUCCAGAGGAGUUUGUGCUCAGCGCACAUAACAUGACAAAGUUGAGAGAGUUCAGAGAUGAGUUGAAUGUGCAAGUGGAGGAAACGAAAGGCCGUGUUGAGAAGAUGAAAAGAGAUCUGAUGGCUUUGUGGAAGUAUCUUGAUGAACCUGCUGACGUUUGCCAAAUGUUCCUUGAGAGGUAUUCCGAUUACAGCAGCAACACUAUAAAUGCCCUGAGUGCGGAGAUCAAGCGGUGCAAGGAGAGUAGAAAGGAGAACAUCUUCAAAUACGUGACGCAGAUCAGAUUGGAAUUGAUGAACCUCUGGGAUUUAUGUAGAUACUGCGAAGCGGAGAGGAACACAUUUGCCCCUUUUCACUCCAACACAUUCACAGAGGAUCUUCUGACGUUGCACGUGGAAGUGGAUAGACUUCGCAAAUUUUACAACGAUAAUCAAACGAUAUUCGAGCUUCUGGAGCAGCGCGAAAACCUCAUAAUGAAGAUAAAGGAGAUACUUCAACGCGCGAACAAUCCGGAUCGCUAUCACAAUCGGGGAGGCCAGUUGCUGAUGGAGGAGAAAGAGCGAAAGGUGAUACAGAAGAAAUUACCCAAGAUAGAGGCUGAGUUGCAGCAACUGAUAAACGAAUACGAGGCCAGACACAAUCAGGUGUUCACCAUUUACGGCACGUCCUUGGAGAAUGUUUUGGCAGAGACUUGGGAGAGCAUCAACCAUGAAAAGGAGACGAUAAAGAAGGCGAGGAAGGAAGCGAAGGACAAGUCCAUCAAGAAGUCGCCCUUGAACAGUUCCAAGAAGACCCCGGGCAUGUCCCAUCUCAGCAUUCACCGGGGCCCGACCCCGCUGUCGAAGCGCAAACUCUUCAGUCCUUCCCCGAACUCGUCCAUCAAGCGCAGGAAUAAGAACGGCGAGAAGAUUAAGCCCACUGUAAGCGCGUCUAAGAUCAGAAGAAGCGGAAGGAUUCCCAGGAGCGCCACAGAGGACCCACAGAUCCCCAAGAGUGGGCAGAAGAGGAAGCAAUCCACGUCACCUACCCACAGCAUCACGGAUACGACUUACAAUCAGUUCCAGGGUCAUAUGACGGAAAGGGAGGAGCUCCACAGCUCGAUGCUGCCGGAGCAGAUCCUGAAGAGCUCCAACAGAGCCAAUGUCAACAAGACACCCAUAGUGCGGACACCCAUGAAGCCUCUGAGGAAGAACCUUGGCGUCUCCACGACGCCUGUAGGUCGCGGUUCCGCGCGAAAAGCACCUCACAGUCCGCACAGAAUUAAUAGCACGCCGAAAUUGGCGACAGCACCGAGCAAUUUGCCCUUUAUUUUUUAGAUAAGAUUAAAAAGAAGCUCUCGACUUUCUAUAAUAAACUCUUUUUUUCUGCGAGAACGACUUGGAAGCAACUGAUUUAACGAAGUCUCUCCUCUAUGUAAGAUUAAAAUUCUGCUGUUGGAAGAUCUUUAUUUAUGUAUGUGCACAUAUACAGUACAAAAACGUAUGCAAUUGAUAUUA